AUGAAGGUAGACCCACGCUGUUAUCAUGCCUUUGAAGUGCAACAGCUGAAGAGCAGGCAGAGGUUUGAACCUCCUGCCCCUGCUAUCAGGAGGGGAGAUGCACGGGUGAGAGGUCAGACAGGGGUUCUCUCUGAGCGCCGCGGCUCCUACCCAUUUAUAGACUUCCGUCUUCUUAACAAUACUACACUCUCAGGGGAAAUUGGCACCAAGAAAAAGGUGAAAAGACUGUUAAGUUUCCAGAGGUAUUUCCAUGCAUCCCGGUUACUGCGUGGAAUUAUACCACAAGCCUCUCUGUACCUACUGGAUGAGGACUACCUUGGGCAAGCAAGGCAUAUGCUAUCCAAAGUGGGAAUGUGGGAUUUUGACAUUUUCUUGUUUGACCGCUUGACAAAUGGAAACAGUCUCGUAACACUGCUUUGUCACCUCUUCAAUGUGCAUGGACUUAUUCACCAUUUCCAGUUAGAUAUGGUUACGUUACACAGGUUUUUAGUUAUGGUUCAAGAAGAUUACCAUAGCCAAAACCCGUACCACAACGCUGUCCAUGCUGCUGAUGUCACUCAAGCUAUGCACUGCUAUCUGAGAGAGCCCAAGCUUGCCAACUUCCUCACCCCAUCGGACAUCAUGCUCGGACUGCUAGCUGCUGCCGCUCAUGACGUGGAUCAUCCAGGGGUCAACCAACCCUUUCUGAUCAAAACUAAACACCACCUUGCCAGCCUGUACCAGAACGUUUCAGUGCUGGAAAAUCAUCACUGGCGAUCAACGAUAGGCAUGCUUCGAGAGUCACGGCUCCUUGCCCAUCUGCCCAAGGAGGUGACACAGGACAUUGAACAGCAGUUGGGCUCCCUGAUCUUGGCAACAGACAUCAACAGGCAGAAUGAGUUUCUGAUCCGUCUGAAAUCUCACCUUGACAAUCAGGAUUUGAGGCUGGAGGAUGCACAAGACAGACAUUUUAUGCUUCAGGUAACUUUAGAAAAUAUAUUUCCACUAU